AUGGUCUAUCAUAAACGUAGCAAGUCUAGUGGUAAUGCUCAGCAGCCCAAUGUAGGGUCGAAUUCGAAAUCUGCGGAAGAAGAGGGUCUAUCCUCUUUUGCAUCUGAAUUAACCCGAAGGUUAGAUGAACUUAUCACAGAGAGCGAUGAAGAAGACUUAGAAGAGGAUGACUCAGAGAAACGUGAACUCAGACGCCAGAGACGUAUGAAAGUACGAGAGGGAAUGGAAACAACGCGAGGAGCAUGGGAUACGGAAAGAGAUGAAUUGGCGAUGUACGCAGACGCUCUACAAUAUACGGAAGCUGCCAGAGUUUGGAUUCAGGAGAGAAAAAAGGAGGAACUGAGGACCGAAAAGGAGGAAGGUAAGAGUUUGGAUAAGACAUCAGCGGCGAGCAAAGAGAGGAAGGAAAAAGAAUUGAAGGAGCUGGGGAAUACCUUUGUGAAGAAGAUCACGAAAAUACAGAGCCGCAAAUUGAUCAGAAAAACUCUCCGUGAGGAAUUAGAGGCUUACGCAAUGGUAAAGGCAGCCAAUUCCAAACGGGUGAGAGACGCUAAAGCGGAAGUGGAUGAAACGAAGCUGAAAGAAAUUGCAAUAAAAUUUAAAAUGAUGCGAUUAUGGCAGAAUGAGGUGGAAAGAUGGGGAGAGGAGCUUGAGAUUCCAACCCUUGCACAUAAAUCCAAGCACUCGCCGGCUGAUUUCUCAGCUGAUGACGCAGAGUAUCUGAGAACUUCUCUAGAAAACCUCAGGACACAUCGAGACUGGUGUAUGAACGGUCCGCGUUUGGGAGAAUAUUGGUUCUAUAAUGGUGGCCGGCAGUAUGAGUGUGAUGAUUGCAAAGAUGACAUCACAUACAAAGAAUCGUUGCAAAAUGGGUUGCAAGAACCGUCGCAAGCUGAGCCCGAUGUUUAG